AUGGCCGGAGCCGCAGUGGCCGAGCCGGGCCGCGGGCCGCCCCCCGCGCCCGCGCCCGGCACGCAGGGGCUGCCGCGCGCCUUCCUGCAGAGCCUGCGCACCCUCUUCGACAUCCUGGACGACCGGCGGCGCGGCUUCGUGCACCUGCGCGAGAUCGAGUCGCGCUGGCAGGGCGCCGACGCGCGCGAGCUGCCCCGCGGCGUGCUCGAGGGCCUGCGCCAGGUGGCCCCGGCCAGCGGCUACCUGACCUUCGAGCGCUUCGUGGCCGGCCUGCGCACCUCGCUGCUGAGCGCCGACGGCGGCCCGCGGGCCCCGGCGCGCGCCCCGGCCCGGGGAGGCUGCCCGGCGCGGCCCGGGGACCGGCCGACGCCGCCGCAGCGCCUGGCCUUCGCGCCGGCCGACGAGCCGCGGACCGUCCUGGAGAGGAAACCCCUGCCGCUGGGCCCGCGCCCCGCGCCGGCCGGCCCCGGCGGCGCGGCCCGGAGCCUGGAAAAGCUGUGCGGCCCGGCCGAGGCGACGCCCGGCGCGGCGGAGCCCGCGCGGCCCCAGGGCGCGGCGCUGGAGCGGAGCCCGAGCGCGGACGCUGGUGCAGGUGCCUGCAGGGCCCGGGACCUCGGUGUGGGGGAUGCCCGGUGGGGCCCUGGUGCCCGAGGGGGACGUCGGAGACACACCCUCACCAACGGUGUGGACUGCGACCUGCUGAAGCAGGUGAAGGAGCUGGGGCAGGAGCAGGAGGUGCUGCUGCAGGGUCUGGAGAUGAUGGCGCGGGGCCGGGAGUGGUACCAGCAGCAGCUGCAGCGGGUGCAGGAGCGCCAGCGCCGCCUGGGCCGCGGCAGGGCCAGUGCCGACUUUGGGGCUGAGGGGAGCCCCCGCCCGUUGGGGCAGCUGCUGCCCAAGGUCCAGGAGGUGGCCCGGUGCCUGGGGGAGCUGUUGGCCGCGGCCUGUGCCAGCAGGGCUCUGCCCUUGUCCUCCUCGGGGCCCCCGGGCCCCGCCCUGGCCCCCGGCUGGCAACAGCAGACCAUCCUCAUGCUGAAGGAGCAGAACCGGCUCCUCACCCAGGAGGUGACUGACAAAAGCGAGCGAAUCACACAGCUGGAGCAGGAGAAGUCCGCCCUCAUCAAGCAGCUGUUUGAGGCCCGUGCCCUCAGCCAGCAGGACGCUGGGCCCCUGGACUCCACCUUCAUCUGACUGGCCCGGGCACGGACAUGGGGCCUCACGGCCUGGCCUGGCACGCAGCCCUGGGCGGGCAGGCACUUCCUAGAGCCCCACCUCAGAGGCGAAGGUGCCCUGGCCAGCCCAAGCACCACUCUCCCUCCUCCCUUCCAAUCUGGGCUCCCCCAGCCCCAGGAUGUUCUGAGACCCCAGACACUGACUCCAUCCUGGUCUUGGGGCUGACCUGGGGUGGGACGCCAUGGUGCCAGCACACCGCCUGAAGCUGCUACUGCCACUGUCAGUGGACAGUGGGGGACACCCUCCUCAUGUUUGCAGAUGUCAGGCAGCCCUGGGCAGUCCUGCCCCCUGUUUGCUGCUGGCCUGUCUCCUCUCCCACCUGGGGUCUCCAGUAAAAGGCACUGAUUGCACUAGGCUGCAUUUCCAAGAGUGGCCAGGAGAGGGCGCGACAUGCACUGUUGCCUGUGGCGGGAGAGCCCCCACCGUGGUGUCUCAGAUGGGGCCUGGGGUGGGGGACCCUGGGGUGGGCGGGGACACCUGCAGGCCCAGUGGGUGGUUGGCCCUGGGGGUCCCUCUCUCAGGGCUAGGGGGCUGUCCCUCUGCUGGGAGCAGAUGGAGGGUGGCCUCUGGCCAGGCGGGGGGUCUGCUUGUAUCCAGUUCCAGGGGAGCCCCCAGGGCAUGGUGUUUGGGGUUUGCUGGAUUCACACCUGGGCCAGCACUGGCCUGCUUGCUCCUCCUCACGGACCUGAGAUGCCAAACAAAUGGGUUGGCUGUCACCCCUCCUGAGCUAGACUCCACCAAGCACCUGUGACCCAGGCCCAGAGCCUUGGGCCUGCCAGGUAACCUCGCCAAGGCUGUGAUCACCAGGGUGGCUCAGGUGUACCCCUCCCUGGGGAGGGCCCUGUCCCCAGGAAGGCUGUCAGCCUGGGCCUCCCAGGCAUGCCCCAAGAGGCCUUGUAGGCCCAGCGGCCUUACCAGGCCCCCCCCAAGCAGAUCCGAGGUCCCUCAGGUAUGGGAACCUGCCACACCCUCCACCCCCCACCCCCAGCUUGGCCCGGGGUCUGGGUCACGGGAAAGGGGCCGCAGGGCUCAGGAGGAGGCUGGCAGCCAUCCCGUCGGGGGUCGUUCCGUGUGUCCGGCGCCAGGCCUGCCCUAAGGGAGAUACUCUGCUGGGCUGGGCCUGUGACCACCCCAGGAGGGGCUCCGUGCUCCCCACUGCUGCCCUCCCCCCGCCCCAAGCUGAGAACACAGCUGGCAUCACAGGCAGGCUGUGUGGUCAGGGGCUCGGGACACGGGGCGCACACGUAUGGAGCCCAGGACCUGGGGCCUGGAGGGGUUGUGCACACAGCCCUGGGUGGUGGGGGGUUGACCACAGAGGAGGGGUUCAGGGUGCAGGCAGCAGUUCCCCGCUGGGCCCAGCUCUGCCACGCGGCAGCGACCUGGCCAGAGACCCUCCCUCCACCGCUCUCAGGGCCAGCGGGGUUGGGGGCAGGGUAGGCAGCUGUCCCAGGGCAGGCCCUAAGUGGCCCAGCACGCAAGCUGCUCUCCUUGGAGGGUGGGGGUGGGUUCUUCUGGGGGCUCAAGCACCCUUUGACCUAGACCUGGGCAGGCUCCCUGGGAUGGGGGGCAGGAAGGGGAGCGGGUCCUGACCGGCCCGGGACUUGUGCAGACCUGCAGCACGGAGACCCCCGAGCCUGCCAAGGAGGGACCCUCCCAGCCAUCAAGUGGGGGCCACCCACCAGCACCUCCCCGAGCCCGCCCCUUUCCUGGUUCCCCCUCCCCCACCAUCCCAUGACCCGUCCCCCCACCUGCCCAGUCCCUGAGCCCACCCUCACCGGGAGUCUCUCUGUUCAAAGGCCCUCCAAACACAGCCCUGCACAAUUCCAGAGCUGAAAACUGCCCCUCCCCUGCUUCUAAUCCUGCCUUCACCCCUUCAUGACUCAGGGCGGGCCUAGGCCCCAGCCUCCAGCGCUGCCAGCAGCUGGGCUGUCCCGCCUCCGGGCUCUCCAAGUGCUGCUGCAUCCCCGGGAACACACGCUCCCGGCUGCACCGGCCCAGGUCUCUACCGUGGAUACAGAGGGAGCAGACCUGCAGAGGCCUUUGCCCUGAGGGUGUCUGCUUUCUCCCUGAGGUCUUCACAGAACUUGGGAGGCAGGACCAGAACCCAGUGUUUGCCCCAGGGGUGCCACCCACAGAAGGUGAGCCCUUCAGCCGCAAGGUGAGUGUGGAAGGAACCUGCGACUCAGGGUGAGGCCUCUUGUGGCGCUGGCUUCCCCCGCAGGGCGGAAGGUGCAUCCUCUUCACUUGCAGCCUGAAAUCAGGCGGCCUGUGUGGCCCUAGAGACCCUAAGGGGAGAACUAUAAGUGCCCCAGGUUGGCAGGGCCCAGGAGGCUGGCAGAAGCAAAACAUCCUCGCUACAGCAGCGAGUGUUUCUCAGCCACGCGGGGGGGCGUUUGGGGCUGGGGUAAGUCUUGGGAGCUGUCCGUGCACCGUAGGGUGUUUCGCAGCAUCCCUGGCCUGUACCCACGAGAUGCCAGCAAUGCGCGUGCGUGCACGCGCACACACACAUACACACACUCAGUUGUGAUGACCAAAACAUCUUGUGCACGCUGCCAGGGUCCAGGGGUCAGAGUCUCCCGUCGCUGAGGGUCUUUGCUCUGGAGCAGGGCAACUCUGCCAGGCCUCAAGGAUUUCCUGGAGGCCAAGUUCCAAGGAGAAUGAGCAUCUCCAUCUUUAAAAACUUUUCACAAAUACCACAAGGAAAGAAUCUACUAUGAGAGCCAGCAGAAACAGCAGAUUCUGUAGCCACUUCAGAUACAGGAAUAAUCAGAGAACACAAAAUGACUGUUUUGUAUGCCUGAACAAAUAAAAGAUCCUUGAAAGCAUGAACAAGGAACCGUCUUUAUAGUUUCUUGUUCUGUUAAAAAAAAAAAAAGUAUAAUCUGUUAUUCUACAAAGGCGACCAAUAGCAUAUGAAAAAGAAUCUAAUAGAACUAGA